GAAUCAGUAAUUUUAAACAUAAAUAAUUGUAAAUAAUUUGUAAAUAAGUAUUAUAAACUUUUUUUGUAAAUAGCAGUUUAAUUUGUGUUUGACCUUUGUUUUUUAUUAUUGUUUAUUAAAUUAAUUUUUCACUUAAAUAUAAUUUAAUUUACAACAAUGAGAAACUAUUUAAUGAGAAAUGCCUACAGGCAAGCCGUUCAAUUCUUUGGAACUGAACACUAUAGGAAGGCAUUUCGUUGUACCCCUAUAAUUUCUAUCCUACAGGCUGACUAUAGGUCAAGAAGGAAUCCUGUAUCCUUGAGACUUUCUACAAUAGAAGAACUCCGUGACGUUUUGAGAAUUAGAAACAUAAACCCUAAUUCAAUUACAGAAUCGUUUUCCAGUAUUUCUACCAUUGAUUCUUCUUUUUUAGAGGAAUCCUUCUGGAGGUGUCUCGAUAACUACCAGUGUAUGGUCCCAUUACUACAGCAAUUUUCCUGGCUAAACUUGAGAAUUCAUCGCACAAUAACUAAACUGGAAUUGCAGCUUCUCUCUUUCUUCUCUAACCCCGACAUUUCUUCCGUGUAAAAAAUACCGAGGAAUUGUUUUAAUUCAGUCAAUAUAUUAAUCUAUAUCAA